AUGGGUGCCCGCGAGUCGACUGCUCGCGGAGCAAACGAAGAUGCCCCUGCUGGCCCUCCAGACUACUAUGCCCUGCUGGAAGUUGACGAAUCCGCGACGGCAGAUGAAAUCAAGCGCUCCUUCAGGAAACUCGCCCUCAUCCACCAUCCAGACAAGAAUGUGGGCGACAUCGAAGCCGCCACAACACGUUUUGCCGCGAUCCAGCAAGCGUACGAGGUCUUGAGCGAUGAGCAGGAACGGGCGUGGUACGACAGCCAUCGCGCUUCUCUUGUGCCCGAGCCCGAUGCCGCCGACGUCUUCGAGGAGAUCAAGAAGGGUGCCCCUCCCCCGCGUUCGAGGGAUCGAGGUCUCAGCGUCCGACAUCUGGCCCAGUUCUUCGACACCGCCGUUUAUGACGGAUUCGACGAUGGUCCUGGCAGCUUCUACACCCUGUAUCGCCAUCUCUUCGACCGCCUCGCCCACGACGAGAAGCAACUUUCCGACACAUUAUUCCCCUCCUUCGGCGAAUCGAACACACCCUGGCUCCCUCCGUCUAAAGAGGUGAAGGAUCAAUGCGCGCGGUCCUUCUAUGCGUCUUGGAUGAACUUCGUCACCAGCAAGGAGUUCGAGUGGGUGGACCAGUGGAACAUCGCUGAGGCUCCUGAUCGAAGGGUCCGACGUCUGAUGGAACGUGACAACAAGAAGGCGAGGGACGAAGCGCGAAAAGAGUACAACGAGACUGUUCGGUCCCUUGCCACGUUCAUCCGCAAGAGGGAUCCGCGAUACAAAGCCCACAUUUCGCGCCAGGCGUCCGCCCCGUCCACGCCGCAGGGCGCGCGCACGCCGUCGUCCAAGCCGACGCCCUCGACGUCAUCCGGUCCCGCCCCGGUCUUCGUCGAGCAGGAGUGGCAAAAGGCGCCCUCGCGCGACCGCGACGCGGACCUCGACUGGGCCGCCGGCGAGGGCGAGGACGACGAGGAGUGGGAGUGCGUCGCGUGCGGGAAGAGCUUCCGCACCGAGGCGGCGUGGGACAGCCACGAGCGGAGCAAGAAGCACAUCAAGGCCGUCGAGGCGUUGAAGCGGGAGAUGGAGCUCGAGAACGACGAACUCGAGCUGGAGGCGGAGGCGGAGGCGGUUCCCGAUGGUGCGCGCGAUGCAGCUGAAGAGGGGCCGUCGCCUUCCCCUGAGCUCGAGAGCGACAUCGACCACGGAGGGGCCGUCUCCGAGACGGCGCACGAUGCUCCCUCGGAACCACCCCAAGGUUUAGACGAAGAGACAGCGACAUCCGCGAAUCGGGUUCAUGAUGACAAAUGGGCGCAGACGGCCUCACCAGAACUCUCUUCUCGAACGGCACGACGGGCACGGAGGCGGAAUCGAGGAAGUUCUGAGCCAGCAGUGGAGGAUCCUUUUGAACGGGAACAGACUCCAAAUGGAGCUACCGAGAUUGCUGCUGCACAAGCAGCAUCUAAGAGGGAGAAGCGUCGGGCUCGAGAAGCCGCCAAGAAGGCUGCCAGCAUUGUUGCUGUGAGUACCUGUAUUCUUGAUGAAUGGCUUUGCUCAAUGAUGUUGGCAGGUGUGUAA